CGCUCUUUUCAAUGAGAACGGUGCCGUUUCCUUUUGCCUUCCAGAUCAGAAUGUACAGUUUCUGAUCGCCGCUCGACAUUUCUCCGCCUCCAUUUUCCAUUAGAUUGAAAAGCUCAGGUCCGAAAAGCAGGGGACCAGAGGGCAAAGCAAAUAGCUUUCCCAUGGACACCCGACUCUCGGCCUCUCUCGGUCUCCCCUUUCAAACCUCCAAGCCCCACCCACCACCUGAUUUCGCUUCCCUCUUCACCCACCUGACCACCGCUCUCACAUCCCCUGCAAACCCCAUCUCAAAACCCAAAUCCCUCUCCCGACGAAAACCGCCCAAAUCACCUCUCAAUCACGCCAAUUCUACUACCUACCUCUCCUUCGCCUCCACAUCCUUAAAACCCAUCUCGGCCAAACCCCAAAAGACCCUUCUCAAGAGCCUCUCCGUCCUCGAGCGCGCCCUCAUCGGCGCUGCUGGUGGUGGCAUUGCCGGAGCUUUCACCUACGUCUGUCUCCACCCACUUGACACUAUCAAAACCAAGCUCCAGACCAAAGGCGCGUCCCAACUCUACGCCAACACCUUCGACGCCAUCGUCAAGACCUUCCAGACUAAAGGGAUCCUCGGCUUCUACAGCGGCGUUUCCGCCGUUAUCGUCGGAUCAACAGCAUCUUCCGCUGUGUACUUCGGUACCUGCGAGCUGGGCAAGUCGAUCUUAGGUGGUUUCGAUCGGUACCCAUCCGUGCUCAUUCCCCCGACGGCCGGGGCGAUGGGGAAUAUCGUUUCGUCGGCGAUAAUGGUGCCCAAGGAGUUGAUCACGCAGCGAAUGCAGGCCGGGGCAAAGGGACGGUCUUGGGAGGUCUUGUUAAGGAUUUUGGAGAAAGACGGUGUGCUGGGUUUGUAUGCGGGUUACUCUGCGACAUUGCUAAGGAAUUUGCCUGCUGGGGUGCUGAGCUAUUCUUCGUUUGAGUACUUAAAAGCUGCGGUGCUGCGAAGGACGAGUAAGACUCACCUGGAGCCCAUUCAAAGCGUGUGUUGUGGGGCACUGGCCGGAGCGAUAUCCGCGUCUAUUACAACGCCGCUUGACGUGGUGAAGACGAGGUUGAUGACUCAGCUUCAUGGGGAGGCUGCGAAUAAAGUUGCCACGGCAAUGUAUAAAGGGGUUGCCGGCACGGUGAAGCAAAUACUGAAGGAGGAGGGGUGGGUUGGGCUUACUAGAGGAAUGGGGCCUAGAGUUGUUCAUAGUGCGUGUUUCUCGGCUUUGGGAUACUUUGCAUUCGAGACGGCUAGGCUUGCUGUGUUGCAGCAGUAUCUCAGAAGGAAGGAGCUGCGCGAGGCGUCUGUUGCUCCUGCUUGAUUUGGUGGAUUUGAUUGGAUUAUCCCCCUACUCUACUCUACUGUCAUACCUAUGUUUUUGGUGAUAUAUUUUCCUUCUUAUUGACUUCCUUUGUUGAGGUUUUUUGAUAUAUAUUUAAGCUUUGCUUGGGCA